AUGGACAUGAAGAACCUGAGGGAAUACUUGGGUUGGCUGUACUACCAGUAUCUGCUUAUCACCAGCAUCUAUGUGCUGGAACCGUGGGAGCAGUCCAUCUUCAACACUGUUCUCUUCACCAUGGUUGCCAUGGUGAUAUACACUUCGUACGUCUUCGUCCCCAUCCACGUGCGCUUGGCUCUGGAGUUCUUUUCCGGCCUGUGCGGAGAACAACCGGAGAGCACCGUGGCACUGAUGAACUAA